UGUAUUGUUAUUGUGUAUUUGUGAAGUAAUCCCUCCCAUAAGCAUAGAAAAGAGAAGGCCAGCCCCGAGAAGACUAAAGCAGAAGCUAAAUGAAUGAGACGGCGGCGGAGAUUGCGGGAAAGGAGUACGAAGCCGAAUCUGGUGGCAGUGCCAAAAUUGGAAGUCACUGGUGGUGGGCUGCGGCGAGCGUGGGCCAAUUGGGUUGGGGUAUAGUUUCCGUCAGAAAGGGCUGCGCCGAACAUUCAACCCUCAUGCCCUUGAAGGCUUUUGCCGUCGCAUCCCUCUUUGUUGGUGCCCUCGCCUCCGCCUCUUUUGCUGGCCUUCGCGCCGCAGGAAUUCACAAGGUGGAAGACAUGAUCAAAGUUGGUGGAAAUAUAAGGAGUGGACUUGGUGUUCGUCCAAGAGCACGAGAUGAAUGAACGACAUGUUUUCUUUUAAUCAUUCACGAAUUCUUGAAUACAUGUGAGCGCUUUUGGGAUUGGGACAUUCCAGGUUCACGAUAAUGAGAAAAAUAAUUAUCACCUUGUCUAUUUCAGUGUGUUUCCCACGACUUUUUUACAUCUCCCACGUGUCUUUCAGAUUACAAAUACUCGCUACUCCAGAGAGCAAGUCUAUCUGAGUAACAUUAGUAUUUUCUUGGUGUCUUGUUUUGAACGUACACUUUAUACUUUUAACAAUUUUCAACCGCAGUAAUGAGUGAAACAGGUGAAUUAUAUGCCAACCCGUACAUAGAAUAUCUUGCUUCUUGCUUCCUACAGACUGAUGUCUGUCCACUUUCCAAUGUGUUGAGACCAAUCGUGUAUCACGACUGCUUGUGUUGGCGUUUCUCUCUAGGUAAGGCAAUUCAGUCAAAUUGGGCUAUCAUUAGUUUUCUCAAGUCAUGAGAAGCCCCCUUCUUCGACUAUUGCUUUUCUUACUUUUUGGUGGAAAUCUUGUGGUCUCUGCAGUUUCCUAGAAAGAUUAAACGUUUCAUUUAGAGCACAUUAUUCCCACUGCAGCAACACUACAUAAUUAUCAUGUUUCUUGUCCAACAACUUGUGCCCUUUGUAGUAAUGACUAUGAGGAUUUUUUGCUGCCUUGUUCUUGUGCUACUUUCAGGGCUGUACUUUGAAGUUGAGCAAUGCUGAUAUGUGGGCGGAUGUUAAAUAUUCUCUGUUCUUCCUGCAGCUUUGUCAUCAAAUUGUUCUUAUUUGAGCAUUUGGGGGAGUUAAACAAAGUUAAACAGGGCUUCUUUUCAGGACAUCCUCGAGUUAUCGUCGACUGGUCCUCUUGUUAUUUAUCUGAAUGGUUACGGAUAUGCCAUUUGUGUUCGAUAUCUAAUAAGAGACCCGAGACUUAGAUUCACCACCCAAUUUGUUCAGAAUAGGGGCGUUGCCUUAGAUUUACUUUACAUGCUUAAUGGGUGUUGGUGCAAUUGUGUGAGAUUUGGAUAGGUAUCAUGUUUCCUGCUAAGUGAGUGGAGGGCUUCUUGUUUUAAGAGACGUGAAAACAUUAGCUUUUAGUUUAAGCUUCCAUUAGCUUCUUAGUUGUGAUAUUCAACUUUUUGUAAUAGAAAGUGAUACUGAAGUAAGGUUUCAGAAAAUAGUCAAUUUGUACAAUCUAAUUCAAUAUUCAAAGUGGGAAUAUAUGGAUUUGUGUAAA